AUGAAGAGCAUAUUCCGCAGAACCCGCCUCUUCAAGCCACGCAGCAUGUCUCCCGGCAUCAACAUCAACCUCAACCCUCACAUCACGCCCAAUUCCUUCCUAUCACAUGUCAGUCCUGGAGGCCAGGGCGGGGGAACCACCUCCCUCUACCCAUCCACGACACUGAUAUAUUUCAUCUCAGGCAACCCAGGCCUAAUAGCAUACUACCAUCUCUUCUUCUCUCUGCUCUCGUCGGAGUUAUCCCAGGCCAAUGCCACUUCCGAUGGCAAUGGCUCAUAUAUCAUCCGCGGAAGAAGCCUGGGAGGCUUCGAGGUUCCCGCUCAAGGAGAAGAGGGCAACUCAGCCGCCGCCACAGCUCUCUACAGCUUGAAUGAUCAAAUAUCCUUCAUGGAGCGGGAUUUAGAAUCCUUCGUUCAUGCAUGGCAGGACGCCGCUAUGCGAGAGCGCAAACUGGACGAACAGCCUCGAGCGAAUGUUAUUGUCAUGGGCCAUUCGGUGGGAGCAUACAUGGCUAUGGAAAUCAUGCGGCGCAGAAGGGAGAAGGCCGGUCUCCAAAGGAAGAUCCAGACCGCCCGUGACGCAAAUGGAAAUGGAGAUGCCAACGGACUUGGCCUCGACAUCAUUGGCGGUAUCAUGCUGUUUCCUACUGUGGUGGAUAUAGCGAAGUCUCCUAACGGAAGGAUACUGACGGUAUGUCUACGGGCCCGUCUAGAAUAUCAUGGCGAUGCUAAUUAA